GUAGUUUGAAAGUUGCGUGAUUGUUUUGAGAAUCGUGUUGAUUUCUGGAGUGAGUGAGAUUGACAUGAAGAUGGACACGUAAGGUUAAACAGAAAUAUAAAUAUAAAUAUAUAAAGUUAUCUAAAGUUUGGUGAUAGUUUUAUAUCAGUCAUGUUACAGAUCCGAUCGUUGUACCAGAUUUCUGCUGGUUGAUUGAUUGAUUAAUUGAUUAAUUAAUUGAUUAAUACAGAACAGUAUAAUGACUUCACUACAAGGCUUUGACUUUGGAUUCAGGCUGCAGCAGCACUGACUUCCUGAUGAUCUCAGCAUUUCCAUAUAUAGGCUUUGGAUGUGGUUCCAGCAGCAGCUCCUUGAGCAGAAAUGUAAACAGUAACAAUCCCACAGACGCGUACACGUGGACAGAGCAGAACAUAAAAAAAAAACCACGAUCAUUCACGGACAUGUCGUCUACUGAGCAGCAGAUCGUGAUCGUGAUGGACGACAGAUCGUACAAUGUAAGCAAGAGCAAGCUGAUCGAGAAGAGCGACUACUUUCGUGCGCUCUUCAGCUCUGGCAUGCGGGAGGCUGGAGAAGCUUCGGUGCAACUUCAAGGGCUGAGUGCACCAGGGCUCGAGCUGGUACUGGAGUUCAUUAACACCUCCAAAGUCCAGGUGGACAACGAGACCCUGGAGGAUCUCAUUGAGACGGCGUCGUUCCUGCAAGUCACCCCCAUCCUGAAGCUCCUCUUGUCUGAGAUCCGCUUGGACAAUUGUGUCGAGGUCUUUAAUCUCUCCGAGGUCUACGGAACGCACGAGCUGCGCUCGGCUUGCCUCAACUUGAUGAGCUGCCACUACCAUCCCAUGCUGCGCAGACCCGAGUUCCACUCCCUGCCUGCGGAGUUGCGCGAGCAGAUCCGAGAGAUGCGGAUGAGAGGCGCGGCGACGCUGGUGGUACUCGGAGACCUCGACCCGUUUUCCAUGCUGCGCUACGGGGAACGAGAGCAGCGCUGGAAGCCGUUUACCAGCAACCUCGAUCCGGACAUGAACAACGUCAGGGGGUACGGCUCGGCUGUUCUCGACAAUUACCUUUUCAUCGCCGGGGGCUACCGGAUGGCGAGUCAGGCGAUCGCCGCGGCGCACUGUUACAAUCCGUGCAGGAACGAGUGGACACACGUGGCAUCUCUGAACCAGAAAAGGGCGAACUUUAAGCUGGUGGCGGUGAGUGGGAAGCUCUACGCCAUAGGAGGACACGGGCUGAGUACAGUCGAGUGCUAUGGUCCUGAGCAGGAUUGGUGGACGUGCGUUUCCUCUAUGCCCAAUCCUCUGACCGAGUUCUCUGCAUGUGAAUGCCAGGGCAUGAUCUACGUCAUGGGAGGCUACACAGCCAGAGACAGGAACAUGAACGUGCUGCGGUACUGCCCCACGUCCGACACGUGGUCUGUCCUCCAUGCGUGCUCGGCCCACAUACGCAAGCAGCAGAUGCUCUCUGUGGAGGACGUCAUCUACAUGGUGGGCGGCUACACACGUGAUCUGAAGAAAGCCAAGCACGCGGAGACCAACCAUUCCGAGGAUACUUUGACAGUGCAGUCGUAUAACGUGCGCACACGCGAGUGGCUGCAGCUCCGAUCCAGCGUUUCCAAGUCGGGCCUGAACCUGACGUGCGCCCUGCAUAACGACGGCAUCUACAUCAUGAGCCGCGACGUUGGGCCCCGCGCCAGCCUCGAGCACCGCGUCUUUCUCAAGUACGACAUCUUCGGCGAAGCCUGGGAGGCUCUCCGGCACUUUCCGGCGAUAGGCCAUAACGUCCUGCUCUGCUCCCUCUACCUGCCCAACAUCCUCUGAUGUUGAUGUCUUCUGUGAGUCCUCUCAGUGGUGAGAGAUCAUUUUAGGGCCGUGUUCAGGCUCAUGACCGAGGAACUGCGAUUUUGCGUUCGGUUGAACAGUUUUUCAGGACCGUUUUUUCACUUGUCGGGGUACAGAUGCCUACCAUGAUGUUGAACUUGCACAAAACCCGCUCAUUCUGAUGCACGUACUUCCUAUUCCCUGCCAUUCCACAAUGUAUAAGUGUGUUGCUAAUACACAGGUGUUACCUGGCCGUGUCCUGGAACACUAAGGGUGCUCGCAAAGCAUUAAAUGACCACUUAGACCUUUAAUUUGGGCAUCUGAUCAAAAAAAGGUUGACCAAAACCCCUUUUUUCUAAGGAUCAUAAAGAGGAAUUGUGCAUUAUAGAGAAUAUACUGUAUAUAUACUGUAUAGUAUGAUGUCUAGACGUCUCAGAAUCGGCAGGUCAUGUGGAGUUUAUUUCAGUAUGCACUGGUUGGGUGUCCAAAGAUCAUACAUGAGCUAGUACUAUGACCUGAACAAUUAGCUGAAAAAGUGAAUUCUGGCGUUGAGGUCAGAGAGCCCAGGCUGACGUGGAACAGUUCCCAAAGCUCUACAAUGGUCACGUGGGCAUUAGAAGUGGACCAUGGAGCAAUAGAUGAUGAAUCACAUUUUACAUAACAGAGUAACACCAGGUGGAGAAAGUGUGAUGAUCCGGGUGAUGUUCUGCUUGAGGCCUGCGUUGAUGUAGAUACCGAUAUAUAUUCUUUGAGAAAUUGCACCCCUUCAUGGUAACAACAUUUCCCUAUUUGAGGGUCAUAUUUAGCACGAUAUAGCUCCUUGCACACCCUCACUGCAACAGAUUACUCAGGAACUUAUUGAUGUUAAAUCAGCUUCCAGAUUCAAUCCGUAGGAGAGUCUGGUCCAUAGAAACUCCAUUGGAGCUGGAAACCACAGCACUCCUCAGAGGUCUCGUAAAGUGAAGGUCGACAUUUUAAAGCUGCCAAUAAAACAUGCAGAAAUAAUAGUCAUACGCUGAAGUUCAGGGUGAAAGUUUGUUGGGCGUUUUGAUGGAUUUUUUGGGUAACGAAUUGGAAUAUACCUGAUUUGGAAGGUUUGGUUUAUUCGGUCUCAAGGUGGCUGCAGAAAUCUGUCACUUUUGGUUGCUGUUUUGUUUUAGUUUUUUCCCCACCAUAGAACAUUUUGUUCUCCAAAGCUCUUCAGCCAACUGAGUUUCAGUGUAAUUACUCUGAACCGAAUCGCUCAGGCGGCAAACCCGUGCAUAAUAUGAACUCUAAAUAAAGAAAUGAAUUCGGGGCACAUUAA